ACUCUCUCUCUCUCUCUCUCUCUCUCUCCACCUGACAAUACUCAUCGAGGUUUUUCUCUGUCUUGAAUAUCUUGAUGCCUCGUAUACUCUCUCGGUUGGAUGCGCCGCCGCCGCCGCCGCCACUCCUCGCCACGGCGGCGACAACAAUGCCACAUCUCAUCUACGAAGGCGGCGAAAACCAGCGGCCUUCAUCACCGUUUUCUUCCGCUAUUAUCGCUAUACUCAUCAUCGCUUCCGCUCUCAUCCUCUCCUCGUCUCUCUACCUCCUCCUCCGCUGCCUCGCUCGCCACCGCCACCGCAGCCGCACAUUCGCCGCCGUAGAAGACAACGUCUUCCCCUCUUCUAUCAACAACCACCGGGAUUCACGGCGAGAUCACUGUUCCGUCAACUCCCUUCCUCUCUUCACCUUCAAUUCCGUCACCGGAAACCUUGCUAACGGCGGAGACUGCGCCGUAUGUUUGUCGAAGUUCGAGGCCAGUGAUCGGCUCCGGCUGCUUCCACUGUGUUGCCACGCGUUCCACGCCGAGUGCAUCGACGCCUGGCUCUCGUCCAACCAAACAUGUCCGCUCUGCAGGUCCACGGUACACCCGACCGAGUCCGAUGCACUAGAUAAAAUCCUGCCGUCCGAAGAAAGACCAACCAGUUUCAGAGUCGAAAUCGGAAGCAUUAGUUGGCGGCAGGGAUCGGAGAUCCAUUCCGGCUAUAAUCGGAGGUCGUACUCGAUCGGCUCCUUCGACUACAUUGUCGACGGAGAUUACGAGGUUUCCGUGGGGUCCACCACACACCGGCGAGGGAGCUCCGUUGACAAGGAGUCCAUUGCAAUUUCGUUGGAGACUUUAGCCGGCGAAGUAUCGCGGAGAAGCUGGUUGAGAGAUUACGUGGACCACCUUGCGUCGAUUUCCACUCGCACGGUGUCAUUUCGGAGCUCUCGUUGGUUUAGCGGAUGCAGCAGUCGUCGGAGUGAUGAUGUAGUUGGCGCCGUCGACUUGGAGUCCAAUAGGAUCGGUGAAGACAUUAGCGAGUUUUUCCGGUGGAUAUCAGGGGUAUGACUCUGUAAAUUUGGUUCAACGGUGGGGGCAAUUCGGGAACGCAGAAUUAUUGG